CAUAGCUUGAAGUCGGGGUGAAUUUCGAAAUACCUGUCCUUCCUCAGAGUAAAGUUUACGAACAAAGAAAUCCUGAAAAAACCCAACCCAUUUGCUUCGUCACUCCUUCGGAGCCUGAAAUCAUGCAGUUCCUAUUUAAGAAGCAGCGAACAAGGAACUUAUGGGGCAAAACGUGGUGUAGGUUUGAAGAUUGCCAUCCAUAUAACAACGGGAGGUUUCUCAUUUCCUCACCAAAGAGAGCUCCCUUGGUCAGCUCUGUCAGCCUACUUCUCCAGUAAAAGAAAAUGGGGCUUAUGGAUUUCUUGAGACUUGGCUUUGUGGAGAUGAAUGUUACAGCAGCAACAGUGGCCUUCCUGGUGAUCUUCGUGGUUCUACUUUAUUGGUAUUCCAUCUCUGGAUUCUCCCGGCUAGAGAAAGCAGGCAUCCGUCACCCACCUCCUUUACCUUUUAUUGGAAAUCUGCUAUAUUUUCGUGAGGGCUUUUGGGAAAAUCACAACAAACUGAUAAAGGAAUAUGGACCUGCUUGUGGGUAUUAUAUUGGCCGUCGAAUGUAUGUGGUGGUAGCUGAGCCAGAAAUGAUCAAAUAUAUUUUGGAGGAUGACUUCAGAAACUUUAGUAACAGAAUGCCUGUGGACCUGGCUUCCAAACCAUUAGCUGACAGUAUUCUUAUGCUGCGUGAUGAGAGAUGGAAAGAUGUCCGAAGUCUGUUGACCCAAGUCUUCAGAGCCGCAAAGAUUAAAGAGAUGACUCCACUAAUCAACCAGGCAUGUGACAUCCUGCUGAGCAACUUAAAGGUCUACGCAGAUUCUGGCACAGCUUUUGACAUCCAAAGGAAUUAUGGCUGUUUUACUUUGGAUGUUGUCGCUAGUGUUGCUUUUGGUACCUGUGUGGACUCCUGGACAAAUCCCAGUCACAUUUUUGUUAAGAACACCAGAACAUUCCUUGAACCCGCAAUUUCUAAACCACUCUUAUUCCUGACCAUUGCAUUUCCAUUCAUAAUGAUCCCACUGUGUCGCAUUUUGCCGAAUAAGAAACGAGCUGAGGUGAAUGGAUUUUUCAUCAAUGCAAUUAAGAACACAAUUGCUUUUAAAGACCAGCAAGACCCAAAUGAGAGACGAAGGGAUUUCCUGCAGCUGAUGCUUGAUGCCCGAAGCUCCACUAAUGAUGUCAUCAUGGAACAUUUUGACAUGGACGACCAAGCAGAGGUUUGCCUUCACAAAAGCAAGACAGCUGCCAACGAAGCACUGCCUCAGAAGCAACAGCAAAGACUGAGUGAUGAUGAGAUAGCUGGCCAGGCCUCCUUAUUCCUGGUUGCUGGCUACGAAACUACCAAUAGCGCCCUCUCUUUUGCCACUUACCUGCUGGCCACCAACCCCAAGUGCCAAGAGAAGCUCCUCCAAGAGGUGGAUGACUUUUUCAGAAAACAUGAUACUCCUGACUACCAGAACAUCCAUGAACUCCUUUAUUUAGAUAUGGUGAUAGCAGAGACACUUCGCAUGUAUCCGCCUGCAUUCAGAUUUACCCGGGAAGCAGCUAAAGACUGCCUGGUAUUGAAACAACACAUACCUUCUGGUGCUGUAAUAGAAAUUGCUGUUGGACACCUCCAUUACAAUCCAAAUAUCUGGCCAGAACCUGAGAAGUUUCUACCUGAGAGGUUUACAGCUCAAGCCAAGCAAGAGCGCCAUCCCUUCUCUUAUCUCCCCUUUGGGGCUGGCCCUCGCAGCUGCAUUGGGGCAAGGCUGGCUUUGAUGGAGAUAAAGAUAACAUUUCUACGAAUUCUGCAGAAGUUCAAGUUCCAGGCCUGCCCCGAGACCCAGAUUCCUUUACAGCUGAAAUGUCAAGGUACCCUUGGACCAAUAAAUGGAGUCUACAUUAAGAUUGUUUCUCGAUAGAGCAACCUGCCCAUCUCUGUGCCUUCCAAAAAGACCAUAGCCUACGGUCUUCUGCAUUACUACUGAGCUGCAAAUAUAUGCUGGAACAAGCUUUCUUUUCCUCUCUACCUGCACUCCUUGAUUAAUGUUGUGGUCUUGAUAGAGCAUUUCAUCAUACUAUCUACCAGCAAAAGCACAGCUUUUCUAGUACCUGCAUUUUGGGGGAGAGUUUACAUUAAGUCAAUGGCAUUUAUAUCUAAGCUAGGGAUGGGCAACAAGGAGGCCUAUAUGUGUCCCCUGCCUCUUUCGGUAGGUGCUGCCAUCCCAAACUGGCAGCAUAGUAGCGAUAAAUAAAAACGGUACUCUUUUAGAUUAAAAGAAGAUACACAGCGAGAAUACAAGAUGCACAGUUCUUUAAAACCAGGUGCAUGUUCAUCUUAACUUGGAAAUGCCCUUUCUUGUUCUAGUGCUACAGUGCAAAAUUCAGCAACAGAAGGGGCAGUCCCAGUGUGGGUGUUGUGGGGAGAAUAGGAUUAGCUUGCCCAUGGAGCAAACCAACAUCCUUAUUCUUUCUCCUUCAAAUCAUAUCAAAGGUGCCUUUUCCUCCAGAGGGAGAUUAAGAAGUGCUUUUAUUCAAAUUUGCACAUCCGGUCCUACCCUCUUCUACAUCUCUGCUGCAUGACACAGUGUUUGUCCGCACAAAAAAUCCUAUUCUCCUGUCAGUUUUCUGUAUCUCCAUAUCACUGAGAAGACAGAAAUUUUUUGCUUUGUGUUGCUUCUGCAGCUAUCACUGUAGAAAGAGGAGUUAGGGAAUUAAGACAAGUGACCUCAUUUAAGAUGGUACUUAUGAACAGAAAUGAGUUUGGAGGUUCAUGCCAGUUCAUAAACGUGGCACCACAGAUGUUGUGAAUUCCCUUCCUCCACCUCCCCAGCUGGAUUCCCACAUUCACCAGCCGCCAUGCGCUCCUUUCCUCCUCCUCCUCAGCUGUUCAGUCCCUGGCAGGAGCAUGGGCUUCCUUGCCCUUCAUCCUUGGGUUGAUUGCCCACUCCGAAAAGGAGAUGGGGCAGACAAGCCUGUGUUCCUGCCAAGGACAGGUUGAACAGGCAAGGAGGAGAGAAGUGUGCUUUGGCUAGUAAGUAGGGCAUUGGUCGGAGAAGCAGGGGAAGGGAUGAACCUCCAAAUUGUCUCUUAUUUGUGAGCAUAGCUGGUUGUAAACUCGACUAGGAUUUAGAAUGCAUUUCAAGACUCAUUUAGAAAUUCGUAGGAACAUUGGGAAAUGCUGUUAUAUUGAGUAAAAUCUCUUGGC